AUGGUCAACGCCCCCCGAAUGAACGGUUCCAGCGAUGACGACCCAAAGGAUGGUUCUUCGACGGCGUUGAUCGCGCCAACGAAAGCCGGCGACGCGCGUAACCGCGCCGGGAUCGCGUCUUAUACCCAACAUUGGGAUCGUAAUUCGGCGAACGAUACGGCUGAAAUGACGGAGCAGAGGAAGGACGUGUACACGGACGUCGUCAAUAGCUAUUAUGAUGGUUCGUUUACUUCUACCGGUCGCGUGGGGGGGGGGGGGGGGGGGGGGUGGUGGUGGUGGUGCGGAACACGUUGGGGAUGUCGGAGAUCGGGGGGGGGGGGGUCGGGAAGGGCCGAUACAAGUGAAUGCUGACUCUGUUGGAAUUGAUUCGUGUUCGAUAGGUGCUACCGAGCUUUACGAGUACGGAUGGGGAACGUCGUUCCACUUUUGCCGCUACUGUACGUGUUCUUCCUGUUCCCGACGCGCGACGCUUCCAAAGAUUUACACCUGACUUCGUCCGUGCCUCUCCACUUUUCCCACAGACAAGGGCGAAGCGUUCUACCAAGCCAUCGCCCGCCACGAGCACUACCUCGCCGCACAAACGGGCAUCCGACCCAAGAUGCGCGUCCUCGACGUCGGCUGCGGUGUCGGUGGCCCCGCUCGGGAGAUCGCGCGUUUCACCGACGCGUACGUCGUCGGAGUCAACAACAACGAGUUCCAAGUCGGUCGCGCGAACAAGUACACCGCCAAGGCCGGUCUCGGUGAUCAGGUUUCGUUCGUCAAGGGCGAUUUCAUGAAGUUGGCCGAUCAGUUUGGCGAGAACUCGUUCGAUGCCGUUUACGCGAUCGAGGCGACGUGUCAUGCCCCUGAUUGGGAAGGCUGUUAUAACGAGAUCAAGAAGGUAUUGAAACCCGGUGGAGUUGUGAGUGAAAGCUUGUUCCGGACUAGAUCGCCUUUUGGCCAAUUUCCGGGGUCGCUGAUCUUACUUUGCCGUUCGUCCCCUUUCCCCCCCCCCAGUUCGGCGUCUACGAAUGGUGCAUGACCGACGCAUGGGACCCAAAGAUCCCUCACCACAAGGAGAUCGCGCACGGCAUCGAAGUCGGCGACGGGAUCCCGGAGAUGCGUUCGAUCGCCGCAUGCCGCACCGCCCUUCAAAAUGUAGGAUUCGAGAUCUUGCACGAGGAGGAUCUCGCCGAUCGCGACGACGAGGUCAAGUGGUACUACCCGCUCGAAGGCGAUCUGAAGAAAUGCCAAACGCUUUGGGAUUACGUGAUCGUGCGUUUUGGUGUUGUUCCCCGUCCGAUUCCCAAACUCCCAAUCGCUGACUCUUUCGCCUCAUCUCCCUUCUCCGCAAAAGUGCUGGCGCAUGACCCGUUUCGGCAAGUUCUGCACGCAAAAUACCGUUUGGGCCUUGGAGAAAAUUGGUAUGGUGCCCAAAGGCACGCACGACGUCGGUGAAGCGCUCGUGACCGCCUCCGUUGCCUUGGUCGCGGGAGGUAAAGAGAAGUUGUUCACGCCGAUGAUGUUGUUCGUUUGCAAGAAGCCGGAGGAGAAGUAA